GCGCUUUACCACUUUCCGUUUUCCUUUUCCUUCCCUGUCUAUAAAAUAGUCUCAUCAGUCUCUCUUUCGUCAAAACGAUUCUUGCUCUCUCUCUCUCUCUCUCUCUCUCUCAACGUAUAUUUGCAGUGUGUACGUAACUUGUAAUUGUAAAGCUCUAGCUAUGGCGGAAAACAUUUUGGUGACUGGAGGAGCCGGUUACAUAGGAAGCCACACAGUGCUUCAACUACUGCAGGGAGGGUACAAGGCUGUGGUGAUCGAUAACCUCGACAACUCCUCUGCCGUUGCAAUUGACCGAGUGCAGGAACUCGCCGGUGAAUAUGGCCCUAACCUUACCUUCCAUCAGAUGGACUUACGAGAUAAGCCUGCACUUGAGAAGCUUUUUGCAUCUACGAAAUUUGAUGCUGUCAUCCAUUUUGCUGGAUUAAAGGCAGUUGGUGAAAGUGUGCAGAAACCCCUGAUGUAUUACAAUAACAACCUUAUUGGUACAAUAACAUUGUUGGAAGUCAUGGCUGCCCAUGGUUGCAAAAACCUUGUGUUUUCAUCAUCAGCUACGGUUUAUGGUUGGCCAAAGGUGGUUCCAUGCACAGAGGAGUUCGCCCUCUCUGCAGCUAACCCGUAUGGACGAACCAAGCUCUUCAUUGAAGAAAUAUGCCGUGAUAUCCACCUCUCUGACACCGAAUGGAAAAUCAUAUUGCUGCGAUAUUUUAAUCCGGUUGGUGCACAUCCUAGUGGCUACAUUGGUGAGGACCCUCGUGGUAUCCCGAACAAUCUUAUGCCUUUUGUGCAACAAGUGGCUGUUGGUAGACGACCUGCGCUUACGGUGUUCGGAACUGACUACCCCACAAAGGAUGGUACAGGGGUGCGUGACUACAUUCAUGUUGUGGAUUUAGCCGAUGGACACAUUGCUGCACUGAACAAAUUAUCUGAUCCUUCUGUAGGUUGUGAAGUUUUCAACCUUGGAACUGGCAAAGGAACAUCUGUUUUGGAAAUGGUAGAUGCAUUUGAAAAGGCAUCCGGAAAGAAAAUUCCUUUGCAGUUUGCCGGCCGGCGGGCUGGUGAUGCUGAGAUUGUGUAUGCAUCAACGGAUAAAGCAGAACAUGAGUUGAACUGGAAGGCAAAAUAUGGCAUCGAAGAGAUGUGCCGUGAUCAGUGGAACUGGGCGAGCAAGAACCCAUAUGGCUAUGAAUCUCCAAAAACCACUGCUUGACUGUAAUCCAAACUUAUGUGUGUACUCUGUAGUCUUAGGGAGAACCUCAAGUUCAGAAUAUCCCUUGUAUUACUGGGGUGAUCUGUAAUCAUGGAUGAAAUAAUAAUUGGGUGUAACUUUUUUUCCAAGUUUGGCUGUUGGUUCUGCUUGAUAAUGAGCAAACCUACUUGGAGGGGGAAAUAUGGAGGUUAAAUGUACUCUCACCUUUAGAGUAAAAAAUAGCUUGACCUCUUGUAAAA